AUGAGGAUUGAGGGUGAUGGACAAGCUGUGGACCCACUCACGUUAGACGAAAUACGUAAAGCGGUUAGACAGCUUAAAAAUGGAAAGGCCGCUGGGAAGGACGGCAUCCCGGCUGAACUUCUCAAAGUCGAAAGCGAGUGGCUGUACUACACACUCCACCAAGUAAUUGGAAUGAUCUGGGAAGGAGAGGAAAUGCCUUCGGACUGGCUAGAUGGUAUCAUAUGCUCUAUCUACAAAAAGGGUCACCGACUUGAUUGUAAAAACUAUCGAGGCAUAACACUUCUCAAUACCGCCUACAAGAAUCCUUUGUCGGCGAAUACCAAUGCGGCUUUCAGAAGGACGUUCAACGACGGACCAGAUGUUCACCUUACGACAAAUUCUCGAUAA